AUUGUUUCUAUUAAAAGCAUCCUGUGAAUCCCGCAAACCCACUUUUGUCAUCGUGGCAGGCUAGUCGAUUAUAGGUUGGUUCGCAUUGUUUUGCGGCUUAGCCACAACGACGCGACGGCUCCGGCGAGAUAUCUCGUCACCAUUAGAAAUCAAGACUAUUCGUUAAUACGAGAUAUAAAUCUUGGUAUAUUUGAGACGAGUCCAGCUUGAGCCGCCUUUGCCAGGUUGAGAGACACGCACGGCGUUCCCAAACAACAAAAGCGGUCAGCACGUGCCAAAUCGACCAUGGACCACAAGCAAGUCUUUGAAGAGUUCAAAUCCCGAUGCGAAGCCGCCGGGUACCUGGAGCCAAUCCAUGGUGAACCAGGAGAUGACCUUGCGUCAGGUAUCAACGACGAUGGCACCUUGCUUCGCUUCCUCAGAGCAAGAGAGUAUAAUGUAGAAAAUGCUUUUGUGCAGUUUUCCAAAACUCAAAAGUGGCGAGAUGCCAACCAGCUUAUCAAACUCUAUGAGACAAUCGACGUCAACAGCUUCGAAGACACGCGCAAAAUGUAUACACACUGGACAGGCCGCAGAGAUCGGAAGGGCACUCCCAUAUGCCUCUUUGAGAUUGGUCACUUGACGCCUAGUGUAAUGCAGGCCUACAGCAAGUCAUGUUUGGCAAAUUCCGUGCGUACAACACAGACUGAGAGCGAGGCCAUGCUACGGCUAUUCUGCACAUACGAAAGCCUGGUCCGCUUCAUCAUGCCACUGUGUUCCGCUAUUCCCAACCGCGUCAAACCUGAUUUACCCGUCACAUCGACAACAUGCAUCGUCGAUAUUUCUGGCGUGGGGAUCAUGCAAUUCUGGCGACUAAACAGCCAUCUGCAAGCUGCCAGUGCACUGGCGACAGCCAACUACCCCGAAACACUGGGCAAAACAUUUGUUAUUGGUGCACCUUCCUUCUUUUCUACAAUUUGGGGUUGGUUGAAUGGCUGGUUUGAUAAAAACACCGUCUCCAAGAUUUGUAUUGUCCCGCCAGGCCAGGAGUUGACUCUGCUAUCAGAGAUUAUUGAUCCUAACAACAUCCCAACCAAGUACGGAGGAACGCAUGACUUUAGCUUCGGUAUGUUUCCUGACCUAGACGACGAGAUUAAAGGCAACAUGACCUGGCUCGACGAUGACCUGGCCAAGGACAAACGACUGCCCGUGGGGUCUAUGAGAUGGAUAGAGAAAGAUGGCCAACGUAGAGUGUUGGCUGUUGGGACGGAAAACGGUGUUGCAAGACACAAAGAAGUCAUUGCACUUACCAAAGCUAAUAACUGAUGGGCUUGCUGAGGAUGCAUCUGCAUUAGAAUCAACUACCAAGAGGAUAGAUAUGGGCAGCAGAAUAGAUAUUAUACUGUUACAAGUGGGUAGCAAGAAUAAAUUGCCGUCUCUAUUUUAUCUC